AUGAAGACGAUCGCUUUCUCUCUUCUGCUCACCUUACUCGUCACAACAGCUUCCAGUCAUGACGACGCACUUGUCGACGUUGCCAUAGUUGGUGCUGGUCUCUCAGGUCUUGCCGCUGCUAAAGCCCUGCAAGACGCAGGAAAGACGUUCACUAUACUCGAAGCCCGAGAGCGUGUCGGCGGAAGAGUUCAGAACCAGGACUUAAGUAAUGGUGGAGUAACGGAGCUCGGUGCAGCGUUUGUGGGUCCAACGCAGGAUUACGUUCUCGAUUUAGCAGCUUCUCUCGGCCUGAAGGUUUUCUCAGAGUACAACGAGGGCAACAAUGUCGCCUUCCUGGACCAACAGAACCUGACAUACUCCACCGAGUCUCCCGUGCCCCCGAUCGAUGAUGUCUCGAUUCAGCAGCUGCUCUCAGCAAUCACAUUCAUCGACACCGCAGCCUCCGCCAUCGAUGUCAAUCAUCCGUGGUCCCACCCCAACGCUUCGGCAUGGGACUCUAUAAAUUUUGCAACCUGGAUGGAGCAGCAAAAUUUGACCACUACUCUCUGCGCACUCUUCGACAUUUCCAUCCCGGCCAUCUUCUCUCUCGAAUCUACAGAGUUAUCCCUCUUCUACGCUCUCUCCUACGUCGCGGCUGCUGGCAACGCAACCCUGCCCGGCUCGUUCCUCCGUCUGAUCAGCGUCGCCGGCGGCGCACAAGAAUCUCGCAUCGUUGGAGGAACAGGCCUUCUCGCAACCGGGCUCGCCGACCAAAUUGGCCACGACAAGAUCCAGCUCAACUCUCCCGUCCGAUCCAUCAUUCAACAUCCCUCAGGCAUCUACUCGGUCUGCGGGACAGGCUCCACCGUGAAUGCGAAACAAGUCAUCAUCGCCAUGUCCCCACCGCUAGCUUCCCGCAUCUUCUAUGAUCCUCCCCUCCCCGCAAUGAGAGAUCAGCUCACCCAACGCAUGUUCAUGGGCUCCCUGGGCAAAGCAAUUGCCAUCUACUCCACGCCCUUCUGGCGAGAAGCCAACGUUUCCGGGCAAGCAAUCUCCGAUUCCGGUACGGUCCGCACCACCUACGACGUCUCACCCGAAGACGGCAGUUACGGUGCAAUCCUCGGGUUCAUCGAAGCCGAUCGCGCACGAGCCGUAGAAGAACUCACAGACGCGGAGAUAGCAGCUCUAGUCACAGAAGACUAUGUGAAAUACUUUGGUCCGCAAGCCGCCAAUGUUUCCGAAUGGGCCAUCAAACGAUGGGAUCAUGAAGUCUAUUCGAGGGGCGGACCCGUGGCUCUCGCAGGCAUCGGGACACUUUCGAGGUUUGGGCCUGCGCUGAGGGAGAAGUCCGGUGGGAUUCAUUGGGCGGGCACCGAGGCCAGUGAGUACUGGAUUGGGUUUAUGGAUGGAGCGCUGAGGGCUGGGGAGAGGGCGGCGAAGGAGAUUAUUAGCGGGUAG